ACCACUAAGAUGGCUCAGACCAACCCUAUGCCAGGGUCCUUGGGGCCAUGGAAGAUAACCAUCUACAACCAGGAGAACUUCCAGGGCAAGAGGAUGGAAUUCACCAGCUCCUGCCCAAGUGUCUCUGAGAGUUUUCAUAAUGUCCCAUCCCUUAAGGUGGAAUGCGGCGUCUGGACUGGUUAUGAGCAUACCAGCUUCUGUGGGCAACAGUUUAUUCUGGAAAGAAGAGAAUACCCUCGCUGUGCCUGGAGUGGGAGCAAUGCUUACCACAUUGAGUGUCUCAUGUCCUUCCAGCCCAUAUGCUCAGCUGUAAAAUCAUAGUCUAAAAUUACCAUCUUUGAAAAAGCGAACUUUAUUGGACGCCAGUGAGAGAUCUGUGACGACUAUCCUUCCUUGCAAGCCAUGGGUUCGUUCAACAACGAAGUUGGUUCUAUGAAGAUACAAUGUGGGGUCUGGGUUUGCUACCAGUAUCCUGGAUAUCGUGAUUAUCAAUAUAUCUUGGAAUGUGACCAUCAUGGAGGAGACUACAAACAUUGGAGAGAGUGGGGAUCUCAUGCCCAGACUUCCCAGAUCCAAUCAAUUCGCCAUAUUCAACAAUAG